AUGAUAGAAAUUAAAGCAGUGCCAAUAUCAACAAAAAUAAUAGAGGAAAAUAAUAUAAUAGAUCAAAAUGAAAAUAAUAAACCAUUUUCACUUAUAAUCUCAAAUGAUAACAAUAGUAAUAACAAUUUUAAUUCGUAUCCAAGCUCACCACCCAAUACACCAUUUAAAUAUAAUACAAUCAAUUUCUCCAGUGGAAUUAAAGAAAAUGAAAUAGUAAUGGAUGAAGAUGAAGAGAGUGACAUCGCUAUUCAAAAUAGAUUAUUUUUAAACCCAUUUCAUAGAUCUAGAUCGAUAACUAUUGCAGGCUCACCAACACCAAAAUUAGAUUUAACAACAUUACCAAAUUGCCAACGUGGUUCAGUGGAUGAUACAAUAGUACUUAAAUCAUCGAGUGGUAGUAAUAAUGGUGGUAUAUUUAAUAAUAGUAAUGGAAUACUGUUAUCGCCAUCUUUAGGUGGGUCUCAUACUCCACUUUCAGUAACCCCUACUGCCUCACCGCUACACACCCCUCAACAGCACCAUCAUCUUCAUCUACAACCUCCAUUACAAAAUUUAACUUUAUCACCAUUUUCAGUUCAAAAAAGAUCUUUCACUCAAUUAGUAACACCAGGUAAUAAUAGUUUGUUACCAACACCACCUUCAACGCCCCCAACUCCACAACAAAAAGUUUUCUCACCCCCAAGAAGAAGGAAUACUUGUGCCAACUUAUCAAAUAAACUACACUCUGUUUACUCACCGCAUAAAUCAUCACCAAGUAGCAACAACUUUUUACCUAACCAACUCCAUUCACCUAUUUCAAUUUCAAAUAAUAGUAAUUACUCCACAAACUCAAUUGCUUUAUCAGACUACUUGGCAAGUGAAACAAUCAAUAGUAAUAGUAACAAUGUAGCCAAUACCAUUUCCCCAACUUUAAUUGGUAGUGAUUCACCAAUAUAUAAAUCAACUUCAGUUUUUACACCAUAUAACGAUAAUUCAAUUAAAAAAUUAGAAAAAAUAAAAUCAAAAAUCAAUAAUGACCAAUUCAAGCAUUAUGAAUCGAUUUUUUCAGCAUAUAAUGAAUCAUUGAAAACUUUAAAAGAAGGAGGAAUGGGUGUAUUAAAUGGUGAGAUUUUAGUAUCAAUCUUUCAAUAUCUAGAUGUCCAAGAAAUUUGUUCAAUAGCCUUAACCUGCAGUUGGUGGAGAAUAGUUUCUGAACAAAAUGUUUUAUGGUUAAAAAAAUUUCAUGAUAAAUUCCAAAGACCAAAAACAAUUAUUGAUAGAUUUUCACCAUCUGAAUCAUGGAAAGAGUUAUAUAUUCAACAUUAUUUUUUAGAUACAUCCUAUAUGGAAUUUGAAAGACUAUUAUCUCUUUUCCCAGUAACAGUUGAAUAUGAACAUGACAUUACAAUUCUAUUAAGUAAGGUUUUAAACUAUUUAAAACAUACAGAGUGUAGAUCAGAAUAUAUCGAUAAAUUAGAGCAUUUAAAGAAUAUCCAUUUAACAUUUGGUAAUAAAGUUGAAGCAGCCAAUUGUUAUUUACAACAUAGCGAAUUAAUUUCAUGGGACUCUAAUCAGAUUUUUAAUGAAGAGUUUGGUUAUCCAAAAGAAAGCUAUUCAGAUAGAAAAGAAAGAAUUUUAAAAUCAGCUUUAUAUUUACUAUUCGAUGGUAAAUAUUGGGAACGUUGCUUGAUAAUUAUUAAACAACUAAGAAAAAAAUAUAAAAAAGAAUUAGCAAAGUAUCACAAAUCAUCUCAAACAAACAUUAAUAGCACACCAUCGACAAUAGCAGCAAAUCAAUUAUCAGUUAACCAAAAUAUUUCAGAACAAUAUAAGAACUCCUUAGUAUUAAAAAUGAUCGAAAUAUCAAAAUUAGAAAAUGAAUGUUAUAAAUCAAUCGAUACCAAAGAAAGAUUUUUUGAAGAAUACUUUUUCGUUGAAUUUCGUGGUAAAGGAUUCCCAAAAUCUGUAGAUGGUAAAGAUUUUAUAUUUAGGGGUAAAGAAUUAGAAAAGUUAGGAUCAUUUGUUUCAAGAUUAAAAAAUAGAUAUCCAGGAGCUCAAGUUGUACCCAAAACUUCACAAUUGGAUAUAUCAAAUGGUCAGUUUAUUCAUAUUCGUCCAUGUAAACCUGUAUUAUUACCAAAAGAAUUAAAUAGUCAAAUUAAUCAACAAAACAACAACAAAAAUAAUAACAAUUCAAAAAACAAUAAUUUUAAUAAUAGAGCAAAUUAUAAAUCACAAAAAUCAUUUAUAAACAACAACUCUAAAGUAUUUUUUUAUUCUGUACCAUUUAAAAAAGUUAAACCACAAUCAAUCACUGAUAGUGGUAGCAAAGAAGUGAAUGAAUUCCUUGGUUUGUGGACAAGAAAUACAUUUAUUAUAUCAAAAUCAAUUUUCCCAUCAUUAAUUAGAAACAGCUUAAUCAAUGAAAUCGUAGAAAUUGAAAAAAAUCCAUUAGAGAAUGCUGUAGAAUCAUUAGAGAAAAAGAAUAAAGAAUUGGACUCUUUAUUCAAAACCUGUAAAAUAUCUAUGCAAUGGAGCAAUCAUCUAACAAUGACUUUGAAUGGGGUUAUAGAUGCUGCUGUUGCUGGUGGUAUUAAUAUGUAUAGAACUUUCUUCCAAGAAAUGUACCUAAGAGAAAAUCCAACUCAUUUAGAUCACUUAAAGAAAUUAAAACAAUUACUCGAUGACCAAAAGGUACUUUUAGAAUCCGGUUUAGAUGUUCAUACCCAUUAUUGCCCCGAUAAUAUGAAAGCUUUACAACAAAAAAUGGAAAUCUGCUUUGAAAAAUGGAAGCAGAUUCAAAGUGAAUUAACAAUUCCAAACAUUACAAUUGAUAAUCAAGAGGAAGAAGAGGAAGAAGUUUAUAAUACCCAUGUAGCUUCAUUAUCAAGAUCACAUUCAAAUUUAGAAUCAAUGUUAAGUCUUAUCAAUAGCGAGCCAAGCGAUUCUAUAAAUUUAACUCCAACCAAAAAUAACAAUAGUUUAUCAUCACCCUCUUCUCCAUCUUCAACUAUAAAUCAAAUUCAAAAUCAAUUAAAUCAAAAACAAAUCGAGCAGCUUUUAAAAUUACAAAAGGAUAGAGAGAGCGAGAGAAAGAAAGAACUUGAAUUAUCUCAAAAACUAGAACAGUUACAUUUACAACAACAAUUACAGCAACAACACGAUUUAAUUUUAUAUAAUAAUGAAAACAUCAAUAAUAAUGAAGUAAUUAGUUCUAGCAGUAACAAUAGUAAAUUAAAAGCAACUUCAAGCAAACCUCCAAUUUCAACUCCAAUUUCAAAUAAAACUUUAUCAGUUUCAAGCUCUUCUAUAAAUACAAAUACAAAUCCUAUUUUAAAUAAAAAAUCAAUGAUCUCUACCUCAUCGCCUGCUAUACCUACCUCACCUCCAAAACCAUCAAUAACCCAAAACCCAACUUCACCCCAAAAGAAAUCACCCAUACCAAAACAAAAACCAACUAUCUCUUCUAAAAGCUCUACUACCACCACUGCUACUUUAUCUACAACCAAAACAAAUAUUACAACUCCAACAAAAGCCACCAAACCAGCCUCAACAACAACUUCAGAUCAAUUUUUAAAACCACCAACUAUAACCAGACCUUCAUCAAUUUCAAGAUCCCUUACAUCUAUAUCUGGACCAUCAUCAACACCUUCAAAAUCAAAACUAAAGCAACCCUCCACUCCAAUAAAAUCAACUCCAUCAAAACUAAACAUCCCAUCUUCCACUACAUCUAAUCUAUCAUCAACAGCAGCGAGUAAAGCAUCCACAACUAAAUCGGCUAGAGACAUUUUUACAACCCCUAAAAAAGAAUCAUUAACAACAUCAAUCUCUUCAACACCGGUAUCUACCAAACCAUCUUCAUUAACCAGACCAACCCAAAGUUCGUUAGCAAGAAAAUUGGAAGUAGAUUCAAAAAAAGAAAUGAAAUCAACAACCCUUCGUUUGAAAUCUAAAGAGAGACCAAUUCUUAUCGAACCAAAAACCCCUCAAACAAAAAAAAGCUUUUCUAGCAGCGAUACACCGCUUUCAAAGAAAAUUGUUUUUGAUAUAAAUGAAAAUAACCAAACUUUAUCACCAACCGACUCAAUAUCAUCAUUAUCAUCGACUUCUUCAAAGGGCAGUAUUAAAACAGCAACAUCCACUUCAAGUGUAACCAAUAGCGCCAUCAAAUCAACUCCAUCAUCAAAAAGAAUUUCAACAACAUCAUCAAAAUCAUUUAAUCCAAAUAUGAUCCCAUUCAAAUCAACAACCUCCUCACUUACUCGUUCAUCGUCAACAAUUGUUUCAUCAUCUCCACCACUCUCAAACAUUAGUUUAAAUGCAAUUCCACCAAUUGAUAUAGCCAAACCAAUUCAAAAAACAACUACUACAACUUCUACCACUACAGCAACACCAUCAGCAACAUCAAAGAAAAGAUUAAGCAUUACAGAUACUUUUAAAAGUGUUUUUUUAAAUAAUGAUGACCAAACAAAAAAAAAAUUAAAACAAGGUAAUUCAUCAUUCUCCUCCUCAUUCUCAUCAUCACUUUCGUCAUCAAUUACACCAACAACAAAGAAAAAAUAA